UCCCUUGUGUCUUACGCUUAGCAUCCCUCGCCUUCCGCCUCUCCCGACUCUUCCCCCACCGUCCCCCGUCGCUUUUGCGCCCCGUUUGGGGCUCCGAAUCCUCAACUGACCUAUUGAGAUUAUUCAAGUGCACCGCUUCCGACGGUCCUACCGACGAAAGUUGGGAGCACUCUGGAUGGAUCCAGCUUGGGAGCUGUUUCUUGAUCCAAGGACUCAAGAUUUAGUUGCCCUGUUCUCUUACUGUUGAUUAUCUUUGAUUAUGGAAGUUUUAUUUAGAAAGUUGAAUUCUUGAUUUCUAAAUUGGGCUAGAAUACCUAUGUCUUGGAUGUCUUUCCUUAAUGGUCAUUGAUCUGCAAACUUAAUGUCUUUUACAAAUUGUGGUAUUUAUUUGCUUCUGCCAGAUCCCUCUAGUUUGCACAUGAAAACUGACAAAGAACUUAGUCUUGGCAAGUUCUUUUCUCCUUCAGAUUAUCUGACUUAUUUUGGUAAGCUGAAUCUAAUUUCAAUGAAGGGAUCACCUAAGAGUCCCGGUCAACAUGUGGGAUCAAGUUGAUUAGUUGGUAGUUUCAAGUUUUUUGUUUUUUGCUGUAAAGGAGAAACUUUAUUAACUCAAAGCUCAAGCACAAAAGAUAUCCUUUUCAUCGAAGGAUAUAAGCAUAGAAGAUCAGGAUGCAAAUUUUCAUUCCACAAAAAAGUGUACUUGGAAGUCUUAGCAAAAUUAGCCAACCAGUUAGCCGGCAUGUUAAUCUCCUCCCUAUAUGUGUGUUUGAAAGAAAUAGAGGAAAAUGUAAGAGCAAUGUGUUGAAUGACUCAGACAUGAUUAGCAAUUUGCCAAGUAGGUGUAGCUCAAUUAACAGCCUCCAUUAUCAGUUUUUAAGUUAAAAACAAGCUUCUACACAGAAAGAUGUUGAUAUCACAAACAGUAUGUUCUUGUCAGCAUAUUAUAGUUUGACAACAAACACAACUCAACUUUUGCAACUUCACGUUAUAUUUAAAUGGUAUUCUGUUAGUUUCUUCGCAUCAAAUGCAUUUUUAACUUAAUAUUUGUGCUGUUUGACUUUUAUCAAGUUAUAUUGUAACAUGAGACACUUGGACAUGAUAAAAGUUGGACGCGGUAAAAGUUAUCUUGAAAAUCAGAUGGCUAUGUACCAUAAUGUUUGGAUUUUCACAUCCUGGAAACUUUAAUAUGAUAAAAUAUCUGAUUUUUGCCUUUUUCCUGAUCUUUUUUUAUUUAAGGGAUGCUUCUUCCUGGAAGAACUUCUCAGACCAGGACUUGCAUGUUUAUAUUCAGGCAGGCAUAUAUAUUUGAGGUUUAAAAUCCACAGGAUGCAUCUGAACAUGUUUCCAGUUAUGCCUCCAGCUGACCUACAGUACAAUCUAUCGAACAAGACAGGAUCAACUGCAAUUUGGCAAAAGCUGAUGACCAUGUUUGGAGCUAAGGAUUCUUGUCCUGGACAUUACUACUACAAUUCUAAUUGGAUCUCAGGUCUGCCUUAGAAACCUACAAUUCUAAUUGGCAAAAGAGGAUUGAAGAGUGAUGAAGAUGGUAGCAGCGCUGGACCAGAAGCUUGGGAAGGUCUCUACAACAAUGCUAUGAAUCCUAAGGCGAAACCAAGUGUUAUCAUAGUGGUGGGAGCAGUAUGUGUGAAGUUUAAUGUUUCGAGAACUGCCGUUGGUAUUGUGACCCAUAAUACUGCCUCCAUAAACUAAUAGAGUCCUCAUAAAUCUGUGGUUGGGACCUCGCAACCUGUGCACCACAUGUUCGCUAAAAUUUCUUCACCUCCUACAAGACUGCCCAAGAUUCUGGAGCACAAAAGAGCGCGUCCUGGUCUUAUCUUUGCAUCGCCAAACGUGUCACCUUCUCAUUUCCAACCCCGCAAGCAAGCGAACAUAUCUGAGCGCCUUCGCUGCAACGUGCGCCGCUUGUUGCGUCCACGCCUUAUCCACCGCGCCGCUUGGUUAACUGUUCGACGAAAAGCCCCAAAGAAGGGGUAAAAAUUUCGAAGGGAAGAUUACAACCCGAGAUCGAGGCCUGAGGAAGAAUGCCGACACCCGCGACCGCCACUACGACCACUCCUGCCCUCGCCUCCUCCAUAUUCUGUCGGUGCCCUCCCUUUGCUGUUCCCCCUCUUCCCCCGGCUGUCGCCUCCUCCCCGCCAGCGGCGAUACUCGCCGCGCGCGCCCCGGUCGCCCAGCGGCGCGUCUCGUGCCAGAUCGUCGUCUCCACCGACCUCUCCUCGUCCUCGUCGGAGGUAGAAGAGGAGGAACAGCAGGCGGCGGCUAAGAUUGGGAAAAGGGUCCGGGUUAAGGUGCCUCUGAAGGUUUACCAUGUGCAGAAGGCGCCGGAGUUGGAUCUGAACGGCUUGGAAGGGGUAAUCAAGCAGUAUGUUGGGGUUUGGAAAGGAAAUAGGAUCUCCGCUAAUCUACCGUUCAAAGUCGAGUUCAAAAUCGACGUUGAAGGUCAACCUCGCCCUGUCAAGUUUUUCGCCCAUCUCAAGGAGGAUGAAUUCGAGUACUUGCCGUCCUCAGAUUGAGCAGAUGAUGUGUAAGUUCGAUAUAAAGAUGCCAGAUUCCAAAUUCGUGGCAAGCGAGAUGUUUUGAUGGAAUUUGGCAAGUACUCUUUCUUUAGCUUUCUGUUGAUAUGGUAAUACAUGUCUGUAUAUUAUUAUUUAGUACAAGUAAAAAUGAAAAAGGCGAACAUUGAGGAUGCCAAGUUCCUUUCCGAAUA